AUGGGCAAGGUCGGAAGACGGAAGAAAUCUACGGUCGCAUUGACUAUGAGCACGUUUGAGGAUGAUGGAACGCAAGUGGAAAGACGUAGUACGAUUGGAGUCCAAGGAUUAGUCACGCAGUUCGCAGCAAUCAGAGCAGAAACGCAGUCUUUUCAAGGCAAAGCAAAGGCUGCUUUUGAUGCCAAUCCCACGAAGAAUCGGUAUAAAGGUAAUCUAUAG